GUGUUACAGUUAUCAACCCUUCGCUCCCGCGCUUCAUCGUGAUGGAAGGGUCCAAACCGAAGCGCGCGUGACUCGUUGCCCGGAACUAAGAUUCCUGCGGUCCUUGUUGCCACACGGACCCGCGGCGUCGCUGGGCAAACAUGGCGUCUGGUGCGAGGGCUGCGGUGAAAGUGUUAGCAGGAUGUCAGAGGCAGCUGGUGAAUGCCGGCUCUCCGACUUGCUCCAGGAUCUCUCAGGUUCUGCCGACGUAUAUCCCCGUCAGGACCGUCGGUGAUUACAAGUUAAGAAGGAAAACCAAGGAGGAGGAAAAGAAGGCGGCAAAAAAGGAGAAGCGGACCAACGACGACAAAGACAAACGCAAACUGUAUGGGAAGACGGUGUCGGUGCCCAUUGACGACGUGUACAUAAAGAAGCUCUAUCUGAGGGAGGUGUAUGACGCCAUGGCCGCCAUCGACCUGCUGAAGCACUUCCAGGAGCUGGACUUCACCCCGCUCAACCAGCCCGUGUACAUCGACCUGAAGCUCGACAUGACGCUGGAGAAGAAGAAAAAAGUCGAUCCCUUUGUCAGCAUCGUGCACUUACCUCACCCCUUCAAGGAGCUGAACAAAGUUUUGGUUUUCACCGAGAAUCCUGAUCAGGCCAGAGUCGCUCUGGACCAUGGAGCCAUGUUGGCUGGAGGACCAGAGCUCAUAGAAAAGAUCUUGGAGGACGAGAUCACAGCAGACUUUUAUGUCUCAGUACCAGAAAUGGUUCCAAAGUUAACCCCGCUGAAGAACAAACUAAGGAAGAAGUUUCCCAAAAACAAGCGAGGCUCGGUUAGCCCAAACAUCCCCAACAUGAUGGAGUUGUUUAAGAAUGGCCAUGAGUACCUGGUGGAGGAAAACUGCUACGUCCGAACCCAGAUCGCCACGGUGGGCAUGCCCAGAGAACACAUCUUCACCAACCUGCAGUUUGUACUGACGGACGUGUGCUCCCACCGGCCCGCCAGUUUCGGGCCCUUCAUCGAGCGGGCGAUCAUCAGUAGUCACACAAGCGAAGCGCUGUGGUUCAAAUUUGAAGACUUUUUGCCGAAAGCGGCAGAGGAACAAGCGGCAGAGGAACAAGCGGCAGCGUCGGCAGUUUAAUGUGGAAUGUGUGCUCGUGUAUAUAAAUAAAGUGUUUUUGUC